AUUAUUUUUAUCAUAUAAAAUCAUCUUUUGAAAGUCGACUAUUUUCAUCAUCAACGUUUACUACUAAUUCAAAACAAGCAGUAGUAUGGGAUAGAUUGAUUAGAUUUGUAGGUGAAGAUCAAGAAAUUUAUUUUGGACAACCAAUUAAUCCUUCAUCAUCAUCUGAAGGUAGUGGAGUAAUUGGUAAAGAUGAACAAGCAAGUAAUGAAUUAAAAGCUAAUGUAAUUGAUGGUGAUGUAUUUGACGAGACUGCUAAAAUUACUGAUAAAGUGAUGACUAUAUUAACACCAUUAUCACCAGCACAAAUUCCUAUAAUAAGAUGUGUAGGAUUAAACUAUAAAGCACAUGCACAUGAGACAUCACAACCAUUACCAAAAUAUCCAAUUUUAUUUAUAAAACCUUCUACCAGUUUACAAAAUCCUAAUGAUAAAAUUUUAGUUCCAUCAUUAGCAAACAAUAAUCAAACAGAUUAUGAAGCAGAAUUAGCAGUUGUGUUGAAUAAAGAUUGUAAAAAUGUUGAUGUAGAAAAUGCAUUAAAUUAUGUGUUGGGUUAUACUUGUGCUAAUGAUGUCUCGGCUAGAAAAUGGCAAGGAAAAACACUUGGAUCUGGUCAAUGGUGUUUUUCUAAAGGAUUUGAUACAUUUUGUCCAAUUGGACCAGUAUUAGUAUCACCAAAGUUGAUCAAGAAUCCAAAUUCACUUGGUAUACGUACAAUAAUUAAUGGAAAAGUUUUACAAAAUUCUAACACAAAAGAUAAAUUAAUUAGUUUUUUAAGUAAAGGAACUACUUUACAAAAGGGUAGUGUGAUAUUAACAGGUACACCUGAAG